UUAGGUUAUGUUGUUAAAAAAUAUAACUAAAUGGAACAAUAACAAUAACACUACUUGCUCUUGCUCCUGGUUAGUGUUAGCAUCUGUUAGGUUCUACAUUUUUAUUUCAAAUACAUUAUUAUUUCACAUAAGAUAAUUCCCGUUGUUGGAGUUUGGCAGUCACGGCUACUUGUAGUAAUUGGCGAAUACAAUACGCACACAAACGCAGCGGUUGCGAUGGACGUGAUGCAAGCGUGUCGCUGCUGCCUGCUGUGUUCCCCAGACAAAGACCUGACGACGCCGCACACACAUCUCGGCAAAACGGAGAUAUAUGCCGACAUGAUCAAGGAGUGUUUUGAUAUUCAAUUGCAGCUGGCAGUGGGCGGCUCGGGCUCGAGCGGCAUCUGCUGUACGUGCGUGGGCCGCCUGCGAGACGCGAGCGACUUCAAGCUGCAAGUGCAGCGCAGCCAGGCGGAGCUGCAGGCGCGCUCGCAGGGAGCGAGCCUCGUCAAAGGUGAAGAGCCCGCGGUCAAGCCGGAGAUGCUGGAUGAAGACACACCUGAGGAGAUAUUGCAUGAAGAGUUCUCUGCCAAGCCGGAGCCGGCGGCCGAGGGCGAUGAGAUGUCGCUGUGUUCGGACGGCAGCGCCCGCGCCAGGGAGCAGCUCGCGAUGACUUGCUCCGUGGUGCUCGAGCGCCUCCGCGGCGACGCGACUGCUCACAGCGGGGCCAAGCCAAUCGCCUGCGAACACUGUGGCGAACGUUUUAGAAACGAAACUAUCUUAAAUAAACACAUUCAAGACACAGACUUGCCGUCAGCGCAAAAACAAUUUGCUUGUGAUUUAUGUAGUUCUACAUUUCAAACUGAGUUACUUAUUUUAGAGCAUAAAAAAAUCGAACAUGGUGCCACUAAUUUCAUGUGCGCUCAUUGUGAUUAUUCAACAAUGUCCAAGAGAUGCUUGCGAGCUCAUUUAAAAAGUCACGUCAGUUUCAAAAGUCUCAUUAUAAGUGAUUUACAAAAACAUCAAGCGAUAAACUCCGGAGACAAGAAGGCACACACUACAAGACACAUAAGAUUAAAUGCCAGAGUAGAGCCUUAUAAGUGUAGUUAUUGCGACCACAAGUGCAGAAAAAGGUCAAACCUGAUACUACACGAAAGGACUCAUACUGGCGAAAAGCCUUUUGCAUGUAGCCACUGCGAUUACAAAUGCAGUCAGCAAUCAACCUUACAAAGUCACCAAAGAAUACACACCGGGGAAAAGCCGUACGCGUGUAGUCACUGUGAGUACCGGUGCAGUCAAAGGGCAAACCUAAAAAAACAUGUAAUGACACAUACGGGCAAGAAGCCUUUUCUGUGUAGCCACUGUGCUUAUAAAUGCAGAACGAAUUCAGACUUACAAAAUCACCAAAGUAUACAUACUGAAGAAAAGCCUUACGCAUGUAGUCACUGUGCUUAUAAAUGCGGUACGAAAUCACACUUACAAAUACACCAAAGAAUACACUCCGGAGAAAAGCCUUACGCAUGUAGGCACUGCGAGUACCGGUGCAGUAAUAGGUCAUACCUAAGGAGGCAUGUAAUGACACAUACUGGAGAGAAGCCUUUUCACUGUAGUCACUGUGCUUAUAAAUGCAGUACCAAAUCAAACUUACAAAGUCACCAAAGAAUACACACCGGAGAAAAGCCUUACGCAUGUAGUCACUAUGAAGAGUUCACAGUCAAGUCGAAGCCGGCGGCCGAAGACAAUGAGAUGUCGCUGUGUUCGGACAGCAGCGCCGCCCGCGCCAGGGAGCAGCUCGCGAUGACCUGUUCCGUGGUGCUCGAGCGCCUCUGCGGCGACACUGCUCACAGCGGGGCCAAACCAAUCGCCUGUGAACACUGUGGCGAACGUUUUAGAAACGAAACUAUCUUAAAUAAACACAUUCAAGACACACACUUGCCGUCAACGCAAAAACAAUUUUCUUGUGAUUUUUGUAGUUCUACAUUCCAAACUGAAACACUUAAUUCAGAGCAUGAAAAAAUCGAACAUGGUGUCACAAAUUUCAUGUGCGCUCAUUGUGAUUAUUCAACAAUUUCCAAAAGAUGUUUAGUGGUUCACUUAAAAAGUCAUUUCAGUUCCUAAAAUCUGA